AUGUUGCGAUCGGUGCUUUUCCUAACCACGGGCUUUCUCUUCGCUGCGUGCUUGACGUCAGUCAUGAGUGAUAAGCCAACAACGAAGCCGAUAUGCGAGCAGGCUUUUGGCAAUUCGGGCCCUUGUUUCGCCUACAUUAAGCUAUACUCGUACAAUCAGAAGACGAAGAAGUGUGAAGAAUUCAUUUACGGAGGCUGCAAGGGGAACGACAAUCGUUUCGACACAUUGGCCGAAUGCGAACAGAAAUGCAUAAAGUAA